AUGAAAAACUUUAUACUUUGUCACCCGAGGGCGUCUUCCGGUCAAGACCCCAACCAAGCGAUAAUAGUCAAAUGCGAUAUUCCACAGACUAUUCCCAUCGACCAUGUCCUGCUUGAAGUCGACCGCUUCGGUUUCUCCGCAAAUAAUGUGACAUACCAAGCUUUGGGCGAAACCUCCCACUUCAGGUAUUUUGAUUUCCACCACGCUCCAGAGGCAGCAGGCGUUUCCUCAAAAACGCACGGUGUGACUCCUGUGUGGGGCUUUGGUACCAUAAUAAAGUCCACACACUCUAAAGUUCACGCUGGGGAGCGAGUGUACGGAUACCUCGCCCCAGCACGAUACCUUCUGCUGCCCGUCUCUCCGGAAGUGAACAAGUAUGCUUUCUUUGUGCCGCGACCUCAUCUUCCUCCAGAUCGUCGACCAUAUAACCAGGUUACGCGGUGCGCCGGGGACCCAUUAUAUGACCCAUCGCCGAUUGUGGAAGAUCUCACUAUGCUUUAUCGUCCUCUUUUCUGGACUUCGUUUUGGUGCGAGGACUGGCUCAACUCGUCCAAUUACAAGGGAGGGUCUACUCAGAUCCUUUUAUCCUCUGCCUCCUCAAAGACAGCCUUCUGCUUGGCCUACCUUAUUCGCAGGCGUAACUCCCUACAGGGGAGUUCGAGACGGAUAAUUGGGCUGACUUCCACGAAAAAUCUCGAUUUCACCAAGCACCUUGCUUUGUACGACGACGUCUUUGACUACGAAUCAUUUGAUACAUCACUGGUCGGGGACUGCGCAAGAGGAAACUGUAUAUAUGUAGACGUUGCAGGCAACGAUGCACUGAACGCCAGAGUGCGCAAUCAUUUCCGCGCACGCGGUCACUCUGAACUCAUCGCUUGCAUCGCGCUCGGCUUGACGAAUGUAUCACCUUCUACGGUCAACUCCUCGUCAGCCAACUGGGGGAAGAAUGACUUUUCUGUGGGGGCUGGUUCAGAGGCACUACCAGAAGCCAACCCACAAGUCGAGCAUUUUUUCAUGCCGGAAUGGCUUGCUAUCCGCAAGCAGCAGCUUUCUGUUUCUGCGAUCACUCAGAUGCAGAAGGAGGCUUGGACCAAGCUUAUGUCCGGCUGUCGUUCCUGGGGUGUCUCGCUUCGGAGGGUUUGUGGCCCGAACCAGGUGAAGGCUGCGUAUGAGGAAAUAGUCAAGCGGGGACUAGCUCCAGGAGAUGCGUUUGUAUGGAGUUUGUGGGAAGAGACUGCUGAGACUGGUUCAAAGGCGAAGUUAUGA